CAGCCCAUAAACCCUCAGCUUUGGAUUGUACUUUCGCUGGGAUCACAGCGCAUAUUAAGUUUUUCAUCUGCGCAAACAGCUCAGCAGUGUAAAAGGUCGUGAGGUGUUCAAGAUGGCGACUGUUUGAAGUUCGCACUCUGUACGUUCAUGCAUACACACCCCAUGCUGACACCACAGGGCAUCGGUUUAUGCUGUGACGAAGGCAUCAGUCCUGCCCACUGUCCUGCACAGCUAUGGCCAAAGACCAGCCAAAUGUGUUUGACCUCGUCCCUCUUCUGGGGUCCACUGACCUACAUGAGCUGGAGCAGGUCAAAAACCUGCUGCAGGAAACACUCAGCACAGAUAAAGGGACUGUGUUGCUGAAUAACCUUGUGGACUAUUUCCUGGAGACAAGCUCAUCUCAAGCUGUGGACAUCCUGUCUUCUGUCAGGGAGCCCCAUGAUAAGUAUCUUUUAGAUAAGAUGAAUGAAUGCAUGGGCAAGCAGAGCUGCCGUCUCUCCACCAUCACCCUUCUCAGCCAUAUUGUUCGCAAGCAGCCGCCAUGGAUCCACAAGAUCGCUCGCUUCCCUCUGCUUGCCUCGCUGAUCAAAUGCCUCAAGGCUGACUCUGAUGUUGUAGUUCUCAUAACUGGUGUGCUGGUGUUGAUCGCUCUAUUACCCAUGAUUCCUCAAACCAGUAAACAGCUUCUGUGCGAGUACUUUGACAUCUUUGGAAGGCUCGCUGCCUGGAACAAACGUCACCCAGGUCAUGCUCACGGAGUGUUUGCAGUCCAUCUGCAUGCCAGCGUAUACUCGCUUUUUCAUCGUUUAUAUGGCAUGUAUCCCUGUAAUUUCAUUUCGUACUUGCGUGCCCACUACAGUAUGAAAGAAAAUGUUGACACAUUUGAGGAAGUGGUGAAGCCCAUGUUAAAGUAUGUACGGAUACAUCCUGAGCUCAUCACUGGAACCAAAGAAUAUGAGGUUGAUCCAAUUAGAUGGAAGAGGUUUGAGCCUCAUGACAUUGUGAUUGAAUGUGCCAAAAUUUCACUGGAUUCUAAGGAGGCAUCAUCUGAAGAAGGAUACUCCUCUCUGUCAGAUCACAUACCACGGCGCCCUGUAGACCAUAGCCGAUCAUGCUCAGAGCUCAGCAUCCAUGAAAUCACAUCUGUCACACCAACGGUUGCUGUUCGUCAGUCUCUUUCUCUGUCAUUACCUUAUCUCACUGUAACCCAAGACUCAGGUUCCAGUGCACAGACCCCCAACCAUCAGAGUGAUAGGAUGAACUCCUCAGGGACGAAGGAGGAGAUGUGGAGUCCUUCCUCAGUGUGUGGGAUGACCACCCCUCCCAGCUCUAGAGGAAUGUCCCCCACCACAGUUUCUGACAUCUCACAUAGUGCCUCCCACCUCUCAGGACGAAUCCCCGGCACUUCAGGGGAUGGAAAAUGGACCCUAUCUCCCUCCACACCCUCAGGGUCAUCUCCUCUCCCAUCACUCUCAGAGGAAAUGGGGCAGCCUGCCCAAAACACCAGCAGUACUCAGGCUAAGGUUAUUCAGACGGGCAAAGAGCUUAGGAAAGUCACACCUAGAAGUAUUAAUAACAACGGAGGUGCAAGUGAUGCCAAGAUUCCGGUGUCAUUGGCACAGCUCUCUGACAUUGUCAAGAGGACAGAUGUGGGAAGAGAGGAUGAUACCAUCAAUGAGGAGAUUUCGAGUCUGACUCUUGGGAGACUGGACUUUGGAACAAGGCCAGGCCUGGAUUCCUCUUUUUCAGGCUCCUUGGACACCCUUCUCUCGUCUCACCCCAGCUAUGACCAGAAUUUAGUGUCCACACCCAACAGGGUUGAAUUUUCUGCCAAAGGAGGAGAGCAGCAACCCUGGUCCUUCUGGCCCACUUUCACCCCCAUCGAGAACGGAAAGAGCAGUAACUGUUCUCUGUCUGAUCUGACGAAGGGCUCCAUGCCUUAUGAGCCACUGUUUGACCUCGCCUUGCCCAAAGUGGCAUCUCUGUUUUUGGAGCAGAAGACCACAGAGGCUAUCCGAAGGGCUGAAGAAGAAAGCGAGCAUCAAGAGGAACUAGAAGGGGAGGAUCUUUCUGCCACAUCCCCUUUGGAGGUGUUGGACCGUGUUAUUCAGCAGGGUCACGACACCCAUGAGAAAGUGCUGAAGAGAACUCUGUCCUCUCAAAGCCAAUCAGCAGACGCACACUCUGGAGGUAAACAGCAUAGCAAUAAAGGAAAAGGUCCUGUGGUGGCAGCGUCAGAUGAGCUGGGGAUGUUGCGCAGUCAGCUGCUAUUGCUGCAUAACCAGCUGCUGUAUGAGAGACACAAGAGAGAGCAACAUGCACUUCGUAACCGCCGUCUGUUUGGACGUAUCGUCAACACUACUGCACUGGAAGAGCAAAACAACUCCAUGAAAACCCAACUCAAACUUCAGGACUUUGAGAUCAAGACUGCGCAGGUAAGUCUGAAAGAGGAACAGAGGCGCUCCAGGCAUAUACAGGAAGACAGAGAUGCUCUUGUGAAACAACUGCAGACUCAAAUCCAGCAGCUACAGAAGGAGCGUAAUGACUUCUACUCAAAGAUGCAGGAGCUAAAGAGUGAUUUGCAAGAGAAUCAGAAGAAGGUCGGAGAAAUGGAGGCAGAGCUCCAGAAAGCCAAUAACAAAGUGUGUAAUAUGGGACAUAUGCUCAGCCAGCUGUCCAUCAAGCUGAACAGUAGUGAAAACCUGGAGCAGCAGAUGGCUUUCCUGAACAAGCAGCUGCUGCUUUUGGGUGAAGCAAACAAGUUAUGUGUGGAGGAGAUCGACCGCUUGGGGCCUGAGGUUAACAAGGAGCUGAAUAUGCUGCAGGCAUCUUCACUGCGUGAGGUUGAGCGUUUGAGGCAGAGCUCUCUGCAGCAGAGUCAGAGGCUUGAAGCGGCCCAACAGCGCAUCACAGACCUGGAGACCCAACUCCCCAAGAAAGAGCAAGUCAUCCGAGAGCAAAAGAAACUGCUGGAAAAUGUCAAAAGCCAGGCCAUGGAGCAGCUGCAGGCUUCAGAAAACCGGUAUCUGGCUCAGAAGCACAUCACUCAGGCAUUACAAUCUGAGCUACUUGAGCUCUAUAGCCAGAUAGAGCUCAAAAACCUGAACACUAAAUCACCAGCCGAGCCCACUUCUGAGCCCAACAGUCCUCCCAACCAGAGGCCAAAUGGCAACAGUACAGGCCCAUCUGCUCCGUCUCUAUCAGCCGACCCCGUGAAAAAAGAGGAAGGCAUGCACGUGUGUGUCAAUGGUGAAAUAUCUGCCGGGUCUCCUCAGACACCCACAGCAUUCAUUAAUGGCAGUCAGGAAGAAGAUCUUUCCGCCCUUACCCGUUCAUUUCCCGCCCUCCCCUGCGACUCCCCGCUGGCAGUUGGCUCUUACCCCAGUACCGGAAGCUUUUUGGGUAAGCGAGCCAGAGAGAUGUUUAGAAAUAAGAGUGAAAGCCACUACGAUGGUGAGCCGGUCGCCUUCACCUGCCUCUCUAAGGAUGUUAAGGUUGAGGAAAUUGCAGACCACACAGAGAGUGUGGAGCUUGAAGAGGCUACUGACCAGGUUGACCUGCAGCCCAUGGACAGACCCCGGGCAUAUAAUAUUCAGCGGAGGAGGCAGCAGGAUCUGAGAAUCAUGGACUACAACGAGACCCACCAUGAGCAUUGAUUGUACACUGCUGACAUGAUUGCCUGCAGUUAGAAGAGGAUCAUUUUGGACCCAGUAUUAGAAUGCACUGCUCUUUUUGUUAGAGUGGUUUGUAAAGUUUUAGUUCAUUUUAAAAGCUCUUGUACUACAAAACGCCAAAAAAAGAAAAGGUUGUCAUUGGCAUUUGCCAUGUAGUCAUCACAGUGGCAAGAUAAUAUUUUGUUCUCAAAAAAGCUUCACUUACCUUCUGUCUAAUAUGAAUUCAUUGUAAUUCAGUAUUUUUUUUUUUUUUUAGCAUUUAGCAAGCAUCCGUGGUGAUUAUAUUGCGUGGUGGUUGGAUGUUAUUCAGGCCUCACUGUACUUUUCAGCAAAUGUUUUGACUUAAUCACUGUAUUUGCUCUUGUAAUAGUACCGUUCGGUUUCCAAUCCUCUUUUCAUUUGUCCGUGCAAAAUGCCCCCUAAAAGUUGCUGCGAGAUGAGCAUUGUUAAUUUCCACCGAUAUGACUCAGACAUUGCACGUUACCGAGUGUGAUCAUUGCAAAUGCAGCAUUGUAAAUAGAUCAUGCCAACCAACCAAUCAGUUCGAUUAAAAAAUGUGAAAAAACAAAAAAAGAAGCUAUGUGAAAUAGGUGAAGUAGAGUAAAAAAAAAAAAAAAAAAUCACAUUUCUUUGCUGA